AUGCUCCCCUGCGCCCUCCCCCGCGGCCGAGGACCGGCCAGCGGCUUAGCGGGCUGCGGCAGCCGGGCGGGACUCCAGGCGGCUUGCAGAAUCCGAAGCGCCGGCGUGGGCGCGGCUGGCGGUGGAUCGCGCAGGCAGCGGCUGAAUACCGUACAAUGCACAGGGGCCGCGGUUGAGGCUCCUGCCGUUGAAGAGGCUGAUGAACCAGCACCCCAGGAGUUGGAAGGCCUGGAGGAACCCAGCCUUGGACCCGACGUCCUCAACAGGUCCUACUACCCCAAGGGAGUGGACACAGAAAAGAAGGGCAAGCUGUGGUACAUCAUCGAUGCUGAGGGUCAAAUACUGGGGCGGCUGGCAACGUUGGUUGCCACGUAUGCGAGGGGCAAGCACCUUCCGACAUUCACGCCUUCCAUGAACAUGGGGGCGUUUGUGAUUGUUGUGAAUGCUGACAAGGUGGUGGUUUCGGGGAAGAAGUACACAGACAAGAAGUACUGGAGGCACUCAAAUGGAAGGCCAGGCAAAUGGAAGGAGGAGACGUUCAAGAAUCUGCAACAGAGAAUUCCCGAGAGAAUUGUUGAGAAGGCAGUUAAGGGCAUGUUGCCAAAGAACCGACUGGGCCGAGAAGUUUUCCGUCAGAUUAAGGUAUACAGUGGCCCAGGCCAUCCACACCAAGCUCAGCAACCCAUCGACAUCACCAAUCGUAUCAAUGCGAAGCGUGCGGACAUCAACCUCGUGGUUCCCCAAUCAUGA